CAUUCAUCCAGUGGUUUGUGUGGGAUCCGGUCGCAGCAUCAUCAUCCUCAUCCUCAUCACCAGCGCUCGCCAUGGAAACCCGUCUUCCUCAUUCAGUGAUGUGAUGUGCGCUCGCCGUUUGUCAUCAUCAGUAUCGGCGGUGGCGGACGGAGCGGACAGACAGCAGCGGAUUCUUCUCUAGAGGAUGUACCGUGUUACCGGAGGGAAACGGCGGAGAGUCUUUCCGGGGGCCCUUCCGUGAGAAACGAACGAGACGCGGAUUUUGGACUCGAUCUGUGCGAAUGACACAAAGCGCUGGGAGGAUUUCGCUGUAUUUGUGGAGCGCUCCAGAAUGUCCGUCCCAUCUCACACGAUGCUGAGCAUGUAAAGAUCCGGACUGAGGGGUCGCCCUCCAGGGCCAUCAUCUCUCUUCAUCUGGGAUCAUGUUCUAGAGCCGACCCUGUGCAGCAACCAUGAAAGGCUUAGGGGCCAACCGUAGCCGCCAUCUGUCCGACACCUGCGACCCCACCGCGGGCCCCCAGGAGCCCCUGUUUCCCUUGGCCCCAGACCCCCACGCCGCCUUCCUCCUGAGCCCCACUGUCAACCACUACGCCACUCUAGAUCCUCACCUCCAUCAUUUUCCUGUUUCCACCCCGACGACGCUGCAGUCGGACUGCCUGCUGCCCUUCAACAACCAGCUGACCCCCAGCAGCACCUUCCCUCGCCUCCAUUACACCAACCAGCCGGAGCAGAGCGACUACACACAGCAGGCUUGUGUGGCUCAGACGGGCAAUCGCUCCGGUACGCUCACAUCCUCCAUGUCCAUGGGCAUGGGUUUGGGUCUGGGACUGGGCGCUCCUGCCAUGAUCAGCAGCGGCACGGCCACCAUCUCAUCCGCGGCUGCUGCCAAGAUGAACCGUCUCCCGGCCAACCUGCUGGACCAGCUGGAGCGCCACCUACCGCUGCAGCACGACGGCUUCAGCACGCUGCAGUUCCACCGGCGCAGCCACGGCUCCAAGCAGCGCAGUGAGAGUCCCAGCCGCAUUCGCAACCUGGUGCAGUCCGUCCAGAAGCUCUUCGCCAAGUCCCAGUCCCUGGAGGUGUCGGCGGUCAAAGGGAGCAUCACCGCGGGCCCAGCCGGAGACGUGACUAAAGCGGCCCGCCGCAGCAAAAGCAAAGACCGCGCUAAGACCGAAGGCACCAAACGCCACCCGCGGCCCAAUCUCUCAGGCUUUUGGAGCUCGGAUGACUGUUUGGAGGACGAGGCGCCAGCUCAGCCCGCCGCUGGGCCAUUAGCCAUGGCGUAUCGAAACCCUCUCAGCAUGAUGACGCUGGGCAGGGCCGUGUCGGACAGUCAGGCGGCUCCCAGACCGCAUCCGCAGGGCUACAACACCAUCGCGGCUCAUUCGCUGAAAUCCUCCAAGAGCAGCGGAGACCUCAAGCCCACCGUCAGCCUGCCGCCCUCCACGGGCCAGAUGGGGGAGAACACACUGGUCAAGAGGGGCUCGUGGUCCACACUGACCCUCAGUCAGGCCCGACAGGUGUUGCAGAAGGGAUCCGCCACCGUCAACCGCAGCCUGCUCAAGUCCAAGUCCUGCCACGGCCAGGAGAUGACCUGCAACUUCCUACAGGCCCGACAGGGGUUGCAGAAGGGAUCCGCCACCGUCAACCGCAGCCUGCUCAAGUCCAAGUCCUGCCACGGCCAGGAGAUGACCUGCAACUUCCUACAGGGCUACAACACCAUCGCGGCUCAUUCGCUGAAAUCCUCCAAGAGCAGCGGAGACCUCAAGCCCACCGUCAGCCUGCCGCCCUCCACGGGCCAGAUGGGGGAGAACACACUGGUCAAGAGGGGCUCGUGGUCCACACUGACCCUCAGUCAGGCCCGACAGGUGUUGCAGAAGGGAUCCGCCACCGUCAACCGCAGCCUGCUCAAGUCCAAGUCCUGCCACGGCCAGGAGAUGACCUGCAACUUCCUACAGGUGCCUGCGGGUGAAUGGAGCGGGACGCUGGGUAAGGGAGGCGGCGGUGCGGGCGACAUCCCGUGCAGACGGAUGCGUAGUGGCAGUUACGUUAAAGCCAUGGGAGACAUGGAGGACAGCGAUGACUCGGACGAACCCCCUUCACCCAAACCCUCGCCCAAAACCGCCGCCAGACGCCAGAGUUACCUGAAGGCCACACAGCGCUCGCUCAGUGAACAGCAGCCGCCGCUGCUACCGCCGCGCAACUGUAUGCCGUCUCUAUGCGAGGUCUCCACCAAUCGCAGCCUGGAUAACCUGGACUGUCUGAUGGGAGCGGAUGAGGCGGGUCUGCAGCACUGGGAUGCUGAUGGGGGAUUCGGUCAGCGCUGCUCUACACUGGGACGAGGCUCCACCAUGGGCCAGGUGGAGCAGGGCUACCGGAGCAGCGCGGCGUACCGUCAGCUGGACUCUCAGGCGCUGGAGGCAUUGGAUCUGCCCACACCCACCUGCUUCCGCUCCCGGAGCCACAGUUACCUGCGCGCCAUCCAGGCCGGCUGCUCUCAAGACGACGAUACGGGCUCCGUGGACUCCGACGAGACGCCACCUAUAACCUCAUCCAUCAGCAGCUACAGCAGCGCCACCGUCUCCACGUGUACGGCCGUCUGUAAGAAGAAUCCUCCGCCUAUUCCUCCUCGAACCACCUUCAAACCCUACAUCGCAGUGACGGUCCAGAGCAGCACCGAAUCGGCCCAGGACACAUACCUGGACAGCCAGGACCAGCGCAGCGAGAUCAACAGCCAAUCAGGACGCAGCAACUCCUCCGACAGCAUCGCCAGCUCUCGGACAGGGAGUCUGGUCAAGUGUGCCAAGCGGCAGCCCAUCCUGCCCCCCAUCCCUGCCCCACGGGAACCCGUGCCCCUGCCCAGCGCCAGAGUGACCACGCCUCCUCCCGCCAUUGUCCCGCCCUCUCCUGCCCCAGACACCAAAAACGAGCCUGCAAGCCUCACAGUGGCUCCCAACAAACCGCAAGCCCCGCCCAAAAGAAAACUCUCCUCCAUUGGCAUUCAGGUGGAUUGUGUGCAGCCGAUUCUGAAAGAGGAACAAACUCCCACCACCAGGUUCCAGUCCAUCGGGGUUCAGGUUGAAGACGGCAGACCACUCAGUCGCUUCACUAGCAUGGCGUCUAGACAGGAGACGACAGAGGCUGAAUCUCAGGAGCAGUCCGACAGUAAACCCUCGCAGAAUAAGACGCCCCACCAGAGUCUGGACUGGGGCAGCGUUCUCAAACCCUCGCUGCAGGAGAAACUGGACCCGGCGCUGGACCCGUCCUCCCUCCCGCCGCCCGACCCAUCUCUGCAGGCCGGGAGCGUGAACGGGGCCGUGGAGCAGCCCGGGGGUGCGGCGUGCCUCAGGGACGGGUGCUGGUUCCAGAAGCUUCUGCAGGCCGAGACCGAGCGCAUGGAGGCCUGGUGUCAGCAGAUGGACCAAGAGACCAAAGACAAACCGCUGUCAGAGGAGGUUUUGGGGAAGGUCCGCAGUGCCGUCGGCAGCGCUCAGCUCUUGAUGUCUCAGAAGUUCCAGCAGUUUCUGGGUCUCUGUGAGCAGAACCUGGAUGCGAGUGCUCAGCCGCGGCCCACAGCGCAGGAUCUGGCCGGGUUCUGGGAUCUGCUGCAGCUCUCCAUCGAGGACAUCAGCAUGAAGUUUGACGAGCUCCACCUCCUCAGGUCCAACGACUGGAAGAUGUCUGAGACCCAGGACAAAAAGGAGGAGAAGAUGUCCGCUCCAUCCCACACACCAAAGAAGACGGUAAAGGUCAAAACCUCGGGUGGGAAGGAGAAAAGCAGCGACUCGGUGGCUGACAAGCAGCGUCAGGAGGCCAGGAAGCGACUGAUGGCGGCCAAGCGAGCGGUUUCCGAACGACAGAACUCCGCCACCGAGAGCGCCGAAAGCAUCGAGAUCUACGUCCCCGAGGCUCAGACGCGACUCUAACAAAGCCCAAAAUAACAAACUCCUCACGAGCAGACACUGUCUAGCGCUCGCGGACACACGCACCGUACGCAGCGCACCGGGGUCGGAAACCACAAGCAAAAAAUACGAAAUAGAAAGAUCAAAAAACUGAAUUGGAACGCUAGCGUGUCACCGCUGCCAGAGAAGAACCUCCCCUCGACGUUAAUUUCUAUGGUUACCCUUAUAAAUGUUAUAAAAGUGAAUUAUCUCAUGGAAAUAUAUCAAGACUUUGUCUGUAAAUUGUGCUAAUAUCUCUGAUGGAAAGACCUUCGUUGAGAUCUCAGACCCUUUACACGCUUCACACGUCACAUGACCCACGGACGCCCCUCCCACAGCAUGCACUCAGGAUCCCGCACGUGUGCACUUGUCUUUCAUCAGCGCAGUCUUCCUGCUCUCACAGACACCUUUUGAGUUCCUUUUCCCACCAGUUUUUGGCGCACGGCUGCGUGACUUUACGGCUCGAAUGGAAAUCUGCAGAAAUGUUUGGACGGUACAGCGGAUACUGAAGUGGUAGAAUAGCACAGCGGAUUUUAGCACUCCACUAGUUCUGUUUGAUUCACUCCAGUAAAACCGAACACAGAAACCCAUCCAGCUUGGUUUAUUUUCACGUAAAGGCGCACGGAGCACGACCCAUCUGUCAGUUUCUGGUUAUUUAAUAGGGUUAAAACAUGACCACUCCACUUUGUUUUUAUGAUGAAUGUUUUAAAAACUCAAUGACAAGGUCCAGAUUUUUACUUGGGCCAACAGUCUGUUUUGUAAUAUUAUUAUUAUUAUGAUUUUUAAUGCUUUUAGUUGUGUUUUUGUUGUCCAGUCAUUCCAUUUGUUUCCAGCACACGUACGAACCGUGUGUCUGUGUGUGACCAAUCAGAGCCCGUCAUUUGUGAUCGAAGAUGUUUUUUUUUUUUGGUUAGAUAUUAAAAACUACCUUUACCCAGAACUUGCUGAUUUGGAAAAGUUGUUUCAGAUUUUCACACGUCGGGCCCAGAAGUGUCAGUACUUCCACAAAUGCUUUGCUGCUAGUUAUCUGUGCAUAUUAAACUAGCUUAGAAAGAUCUGAACACGCUUCACCAUCACUGCCGGUCUCUUCAUGUGCCAAUUACACUGAAGCCAAAGGAGGAAAAUGACGUUUAAAUGACGAAGGAAAUGGAGAUUUGAUGCCACUUUUAUUAACGGUUCAUUCAUUUUUCAGAGUUUGUAUUCCAUUGUAAGCAUUAAAGGAAUAUAGUUCAUCCAAAAAGGAAAAUUUGCUAGAAAUGUCCUCGCCCUCAGUCCAUCCAAGAUGU